AUGCACGACGUAUAUCUUCCAGAUAUCCGUGUAUAUAUUUAUGAUGAUGAUUUAUUGCGUGAGAAAUGCCUGGGCCUGUUGCCCGCUUGCACUACAGUGUCGUAUAUAUUUAUCAAUGAUAGAUAUUCUCUUUUGCCGCGUGAAGAAAGAGUAAAAGUUCGUGGUCAUGAUGAAAAUGAUUAUCCAUUUUUAAUUAAAGCCAGUGAAGAUAUUCGACAAGAUCAACGUAUACAAGCUUUAUUUAAUUUAAUGAACGAUUUAUAUUCGAAUGAUCCUAAUUUAAUUCACAUGACCACAAAAACUGGUAUAAUUGAAUGGCUAGAUAACACUAAAACAUUAAAAGAUGUACUGGAUAGUUCGUAUACUGACGAAGAAGGUCAAGAAAUGCAAACAAAUAUUACUGAUCCUAGAGCAAAAUACUACGAGUUCUUUACAAAAGUAUGGAGCAAAGUACCAGAUAAAUCGUCACAAUCAACAGCCUCCUCCGUGUAUGGUGAAUCUUAUAUACAUUGCAAGAAAGAAGAUAUUCAAGAAAAUUUUCGUCAAAUACAAAAAAGUCAAUUUAUUGUAUCGUAUGCUGUUCUAUGUACAAGUCAAUAUAUUUUGGGUAUUGGUGAUCGACAUCAGUCAAAUUUUUUAAUUGAUACAACAAGUGGUCAAGUGAUAGGAAUUGAUUUUGGUUCGGCAUUUAGCGCAUCAACAAUAAGUCUUCCAGUUCCUGAAUUAAUACCAAUACGUUUGACUCGUCAACUAGUUAAUUUAAUGAAUCCUAUUGGUACAUGUGGCCUGUUUCGUUCAACUAUAAUUCAUACGAUGAAUGCGCUGAGAGAAAAUUCAGAUUUAUUACUAAGUACAAUGGAUGUAUUUAUCAAAGAACCAUUAAUGGACUGGGUGGAUUUGGCAAUAAAAUCUAGUAGACAACAAGUGUCAGAUAGUGAUACUGCUACGCAUGCACAAGAAACAUUAUAUGCUAAAGAACGAAUUAAUAGUGCUCGAAACAAAUUGAAUGGUAUUAAUCCGGCGACAAUAACCUGGUAAGAUUUUUCUUUCUUUUUCGCGAACGUUAUUUCAUUGAACAAACUGACU